GAUGGUGCUCAUUGAAACUGUUGUUACUGGAUUCGUCGAUGAAUUUCCUGCUCUUGGCAAAACACCUUUAGCCCGCCUCGGAACGACAAUAGGUUUUUGCAUAGUUUUCUGCUUAGUUGCAAUACCACAAACAACCCAGCAUGCUAAGAAUAUUGUGUUAGGCGUUGUUGUCACAAUUCUUCAGAUGGUUCAAGUAGAAACAGUGAUGACCGGAUUACGGGACGAAUUUCCUCAAUUUAACAGAACAAAAGUUCGCUAUCUAGGAAAUAUCAUCGUACUAUGCACCGUGGGUUUCCUGAUGGGUUUAUCUUGUACAACUCAGAUGGUAGGGUUGGAAACUGUUAUGACUGGUAUCACUGACGAAUUUAAAAUAAAAAUCUGGUGGAAACGGCUUUUGGCUACAGUUGUGGUUGCAGUCUGUAUGUUUUUAUGUGGUUUACCUCAAGUUACACAGGGUGGGAUGUUUGUGCUGUCACUGAUUGACCAUUACGCCGCCAGCUUUUCAGUAUUGCUCAUAGCUUUUCUUGAAUUCAUCAUUAUAUACUGGAUAUAUGGUGGAGCGCAAUUUUCUGGAGAUGUGAAGAUUAUGUUAGGUUCUCCUCCAGGUGUUUGGUGGAGGAUAUGUUGGGCUAUUUUGUCACCUUUGGCUAUUGUUUUCAUUAUUAUCUUCAGUUUUAUUAACUACAAAGGAGCAAAGUAUGGUAGUUACACUUAUCCUACUUGGGCGGACUUUAUUGGAUGGUGUAUUGCUUUGGCAUCUUUCAUACCUAUUAUCCCUAUUGCUAUUGUUAAACUCCUAAAGAGUUCUGGGUCCAACAUAUUUGAGAAAUUGAAGUUCAUCACUCGACCUCCCUGUGAAAGAGAAGUAGAGAGACGGCAAGAUGUUGAGAUGAGACAGGGACCUCUUUUAGAAGAAGCUCCCGGCGCGCUCGACGCCUAA